CGUGAAUCGCCACACGUGCGAUGAGAGGAAUCAACAACCAACAAGAAUGAGUGAUUUCAACAAAUAUUGCCAAGAAGCGGCCCAGGAGGAGCUGCCCGACUCGGAGGACGAGGAAGACAUCGGCGACGAGGACACCUGUAGCGCCAAGGAGCUUGCCGCCGAAUUCCAGCUGAAAUACAAGCCGCAGGACGAGGCCAGCGUGUCCUUGCAGCGGGAGUAUGUGCUCAGUUUGGCUGCCGAUCAGGGAUUCACGCGGAUAGCCGCCGGACUGUCCAGUUCAGCGGUGCACAUCUACAAUCUGGAUGCGGGAGCCGGGAAACUGGCCAACUUCAGCUUCCUGCCGCCCACAGAGUCUCCGCAGCCGGUGAGCAUUUGCGGCAUCCGCUUCCUGGACGAGGGACCGCACAACAUCCUCGUGGGCACCACCGAUGGCUAUGUGCGCCUCUACGAUCUGCGGCUAAAGGGCGAGCAGGCGCGGUUCAAGUACACCCAGCAUCCCGAGGUGAGCCCGGUGCCCAAGUCGAUAGCCUGCUUCGACCGGAACGCCAACGGGCGGAUCAUCUGCUGCGGCACCGAUCAAUUCCACAGCAACGCGUUUCUGCUCUUCUACGACGUUCGGGAGCGACGGCAGAUGGGCGUCUAUUGCGAGAGCCACGAGGACGACAUCACCUCGGUGCGGUUCCAUACCCAGAAUCCGGAUCUUCUGGCCACCGGCAGUGUGGACGGCCUGAUUAACGUGUUCGAUGUGAAGGAGGCGGACGAGGACGAGGCCCUGCUCACCACCUGCAACACGGAGAGCAGUGUGGCCCGGCUGGAGUGGCAUAGAAACGUCUACGACAAGGACAUCGUGUCCUGCAUCACGACCACCGGCGAUUUCAAGAGCUACGAGAGCGAGGAGGGCGACGAGGUGGCCUCCUUCGAGCGCCCGGAUGUGACAGCCGCCAUCAGGCGAAAAAGGGCUGGAAAUUUCAACCUGGUUGGCGCCCACAACCAGGAGGACGGAGGAGUCUUCCUCCUGGCGGGCACGAAUUUCAACAAGGGGGAGAUCCUGCGCUCCGUGAGCGUUACCAGCAAAAACAACCUCCAGCCAUUGGCCAAUUUUCAGGGGAACAAGCAGAUCGUGAGGGACAGUCUGUUUGAUGCCAAGAAUGGACUACUGAUAACAGGCGGCGAGUCCGGCAUUGUUACGGUUUGGACACAGGACUCCAGCGGAGCAGCCGGCAGCAGUGACAAGCUGAAGGUCAAGAAGGAUAAGAAGUCGCGCAAGCAGGCGCCAUAUUAAAUGUUUUCGUUUUAUAAUAUACAAUUUAUAUUAAAAAUUUUCUAAAUUAAGUAUUU